CCGUCAUUAAAGGCACGAAAGCAGGGAUGUGUUUAUGAAUCGUUCUUUCGACGAAUCGUUCACUUAGAAGUUUUGUUCCACAAAAAGUCUUUCACACAAAAAUCAGCACAUUUUCCACACCGAUCCAAACUGAGCAGGAUCUGUGACAGUGACACAUAUGUAUCGAGUCGCGGUCAGGAUGAGGCUCCGCCUGCUCAGCGGGGACUUCAGCUGCCACUUUAUGUAACGUUAGUCCUGCUAACGUCGAUGUAUUCUGUCUACAGACUCGUUCAGCUGACUCUGGUUAAGAAGAUAUAUGAAUGGUCAAAGUCAACGUCGGGUUUAAAGUUUAUUCCUAAGUGGAACUGUUUGGCUGUUUUCACAAUGGGUAAUUCGUGUGGGCACAACAACACUAUGAGUAUCCCGCCAGGAAAAGGACCCCACCAAGUGGGAUGCUCUGACCUGAUGGUGGGCCACACAGUCCAUGGGACGUUCUUGAGACUCUACUAUCCGUGCCAAGCAUCCGAGAACCCUCAGCUGCCAGAGUGGGUCCCGUGCAGGGAGUAUUUCAAUGGCCUCGCAGACUUUAUGAAGAUGAACAGAGCACUCAGUGAAAGAAUUUUUAACUACCUCUUUGGGUCUUGUAAAAUCCCAGCAGCCUGGAAUGCAUCGUUUAAACCAGAUGGGAAAUAUCCUGUUAUUAUUUUCUCCCAUGGACUUGGAGCUUUCAGGACAUUGUAUUCGGCCAUAUGUGUUGAAUUGGCAUCACAGGGCUUCAUUGUUGCAGCCGUGGAGCACAGGGAUGAAUCUUCUUCUGCAACUUUUUACUUCAGAGAGCAUACUGAGCCAGCAACAAAAAAGCAUCCAUCAUGUGACAUAGCCAAGCCUGUGUCUGAUAAUCUGGAGGAGGUUUGGAUGUACUACAGGCCGCUGAAAACGGGCGAGAGUGAGUUUCCUCUGAGAAACAAGCAAGUAAAGCAAAGAGCAGACGAAUGCAUCAGAGCCUUAGAUAUUCUCUUUGACAUCAAUUCAGGAAAGUCUGUGGAGAACGUCUUACAGUGUGACUUUGAUUUGUCAACAAUGGAGAACUCCAUGGACUUGUGUAGAAUAGCGAUUAUGGGACAUUCCUUUGGAGGCGCGACGGUGAUCGAAUGUUUAUGCAAGGAAGUCAAAUUCAAGUGUGGUGUGGCGCUUGAUACCUGGAUGUUUCCUCUGGAUGAGGAGAUCUUCCCAGGAGUGAAGCAACCAAUCUUUUUUAUAAACUCUGAAAAAUUCCAGUGGAUCGGGAAUAUCAUCCGCAUGAAGAAGCUGGACUCUGCUAUCUUUCCUAGAAAAAUGAUAACCAUCAAAGGGACGGUCCAUCAGAGCUUCCCAGAUUUCACAUUUCUUACUGGGAACUGGAUUGGAAGGCUCAUGAAGCUAAAAGGAGAGAUUGAUCCACACAUAGCCUUGGAUCUUUCCAACAAAGCAACUUUGGCUUUUCUUCAACGCUGCUUAAAUAUGGACAGAGACUUUAAUCAGUGGGAUCCACUAAUUGAUGGAAAAGAUGACAACUUGAUUCCAGGAACCAACAUUACUAUACCACAGUCAUCUGUUUAAUCAAGCAACAUGAAAAGUGUAUCAGUACAAUGACUUUGUAAUCUUGCAAAUGCACGUAACAAAUAGACAGAAGGUAUUUGAGAAAGGGCCAAGUAAUCAUUAUGCAAAAUCUGUUUUUUUGAAAUUUCAUAAGACAAAAUUUUGGACUGCUGUGUAUGAAUACGAUUGAAUUUGCACUAUGGAUUAGACAGUGAUCUGAUGUAAAUUACAUUUAGUAUUUUUUUUAAAUGGCAAACUACACAAUCUAUACAGGAUGACUUCUAAAAUGUACCACUUGGUAACAGCCACAUAUUUACAAAACAGACAGUGCCAUAGACUUUAACUUUUUUUUAACACUUCACCGUUCUUUGUUGUGCCUUAAUGUUUUUAGAGUUAUAGAAAGUGGGUUUUUAUAUCAACGCAGUGUUUUCAAUAAACUGUGACUGAUGAUACAAAGGGACAGUUAACAGACAACCAUUUGGAAAUAUGAAAUACCAUACUGUGAAAUAUAUUCACCAUAGUCUCCUUGUUUCACUCCUAACGAUUUUUACAUCUGAGAAGUAAAAAGUAACCUCAGUUUUCUCUGAAUCUAUAACUAAAACCUGUAAGUUCCUGAUUUGUAAGGCAAUAGAAUCAGUUUUUACACUACUAAUUUCUGGUCAGUGAAAAAAAACUCAGUAUUGAAAUUUCAGUAUUUCUAUGGUUAUGAGUAAAGCCACACAAGUUGUUUAUAUGUAUAUGGGAUUUUGUUUAUUAAACAGAAUAUGUGACCUUU